UUGAUGCCCAUUAGAUACAUUAUUGCUGGACGGCUACAAUGCAUCCAGUUUUCGUGGAUUAGUAUCAAGUCUAUUUUCUCGAACCGCCUGCUCACCAAAGUAACCUAUUUAGGAGAACUUCAAGACACAGAAAGCGUUACAAAAAAUAUAUAUAGGCUACAACACAUCUGUGCUUGUUUUCUCUCUCUCGGUCGUUUGUACCAUUUAGGGCAGUGACCGGAGGUUUGCAGGAGCAAACUGCGUCUUUUCAUCCGAAAGUUCUAAUGAUUACGCAAGUGAAGGGAAUUGUCGGCACGAAUUGGACAACGGAUUGCUGUAACAGGGCCAACGGUGACUGUUUUUUUUACCUCUACACACAGAGUCGACGAAUAAGUUGAAUUGUACUGCCAACAAUAAAGGUGGAAUUACCUAAAUCUGCAACAUGGCUGCUAGUGGGAAAAGUUUAGAGUACUGACGUGGGAGUAGUUUUAUACUAAUCCAUUACAGUACAGCAGGAAUUGUUGUAUAAAGUAAAUCUUUUUUUUUCCUUCGUCGCCUCGGAUUGAACAACGCACAUAAACACUGGGUUGCCCGAGUAAGAGCGGAGGAGUGCAAGACUACUUUCUUCUUCAAAUGAUUGUAGUCAUCACCAAGCAAUCGCGUAGACUUUAUCUUCAAGAUUUUUUUCUAUUUCAUCUUAAAGAGUGCAUCUCUCGCCCAGUGUGGACCAUCUGAAAUCUAAAAUGCAUUUCUCCAUUCCCGAAACGGAGGUUCGUUCGGGAGAAAAUGGAUCAACUUAUGUGGCCUACAACAUCCAUGUGAACGGGGUUCUCCAUUGUCGGGUUCGCUACAGUCAGCUCCUGGGACUACACGAACAGAUAAAGAAGGAGCAUGGCAACAACUUGGUACCUGCUUUCCCCCCAAAGAAGAUCUUCACUCUGACACCGAAUGAUGUGGAGCAGAGACGUGAACAGUUGGAAAAAUACAUGCAAGCUGUGCGUCAGGACCCCAUGCUCGGCGCCUCCGAGAUGUUCAACAGCUUUCUAAGGAAAGCCCAGCAGGAGACCCAGCAGAUCCCAACCGAAGAGGUUCCUCUGGAGAUCUACCUGUCUAACGGCCAGAAGGUCGAGGUUAACAUCCUGACCUCCGACCAAACAGAGGACGUCCUCGAGGCUGUUGCGUCAAAACUGGACCUUCCUGAUGAGCUGGUUGGUUAUUUCAGUCUCUUCCUGGUUCGAGAAGGAGUGGACGGGGGAUUAACGUUUGUGAGGAAGCUGCAGGAGUUUGAGUUACCGUACGUAUCAGUCACCAGCUUACGAAGCUCAGAGUUCCACAUCAUCCUGCGGAAAAGUUACUGGGACACGGCGUAUGACAGUGAUGUAAUGGACAACCGAGUGGGACUAAAUCUACUAUACGCCCAGACGGUGUCGGACAUAGAUAGAGGCUGGAUCCUCGUUAACAAGGACCAGCACAGACAGCUGAAAUCACUGCAAGAGAAAGGAUCCAAGAAAGAAUUCAUUAGGCUCGGUCAGACGCUGAAGUACUUUGGCUACAUCAAGUUUGACCCGUGCGUGACAGACUUCCCGGAGAAGGGCUGUCACGUGAUCGUCUCUGCAGGCAACAACGAGCUUAACUUCCAGGUCAAGCUGCCCAAUGAACAGAUGAAGGAGGGGAGCUUCAAGGUCACGCGCAUGAGGUGCUGGAGGGUCACUUCGUCUCAGGUCCCGGUAGUGAACGGCUCCUCCUCCCCAACCCCGGGCCCCUGCUCCUCAGCCAAGUGUGAGGUGAAGUUGGAGCUGGCCUUCGAGUAUCUGAUGAGCAAAGAUCGUCUCCAGUGGGUCACCAUCACCAGCCCACAGGCAAUCAUGAUGAGCAUCUGUCUUCAGUCGAUGGUUGAUGAGCUGAUGGUAAAGAAGUCAGGAGGAAGCAUCAAGAAGAUGCUAAGGAAACGUCACAAUGGCCCUCUGCAUCGGUCUGAAAGUCAGCAAGCUGUGAAAUCCCCCCCUCUACUGGACUCUCCUGACCCAAACCGAGACCAGAUUGUCAAACUCUCAACUAAGCUGAGCUCUGUGUCUCUCAGAGGGAUCAGCGCCUCCAACUCAGCCAAUGACAUCAGCGGCAACGAUUUCCAUGGCAACUAUGCCUUCGAGGGGAUCGGGGAUGAUGACCUGUAAUAUUCACCCCUUCCCCAACUCCACCUGUCGAACGCAAUCUGCAAAGAUUCCAAGCUGAGCCGAGCGGAUUGUCUGAUUCUGUAAGAUUGUAGCCCUUCCUGGGAGUCUGCUGCCUGCCUUAAGAUCAGUCUUGUCAUAUCAGCUUCACAAAGAUAGAUGGCAAUCUUAUGUGUUUCAGGUACAGAAUGAAAUGACUACCCACUGCCCUCCUGUUUUACAAUCCUAUGUUUAUUGAAUUGUUUUAUUUCUGCCUUUUCUAUACCAGACAUUCAACUUAAUAAAAUAUCAAGAACAAAUAGAACUAAAAUUACAGUCUGAAGUCUAAUCCACGGGGUCAUGCUGUGAAACACUCAAUUGACGUUGAAAUGACUAAAACCAAGUGGAAGCUGUGUAUCAGUGAUAAUGGACCUACGCCUAUAGUCUCUUCACUCUGUCCAGCUUGAUAAGUCAUUUAUAGUCUCUUCACUCUGUCCAGCUAGCUGACAGUCAUCUAUAGUCUCUUCACUCUGUCCAGCUAGCUGACGGUCAUCUAUAGUC